ACAAUUAGGCCCCUCUCAUUAGCAACUCAACACGAGAGAUCGCCUGUUGGCCUCGGCGCGCUGAACAGCAGAAACAUGGCAGAUGCAUUUUCAGCUUCGUGGACAAUUAUCUUUUUUGUGUGGAUCAAUGGCGUUGGGAAUGCAAAAGCCGAUUUGUCCAGGGUGCGUUGUGAAACUGGCUGGGAACGAUAUAACUUUACCGACUGUAUCUGGCUCAGUGAGACCGCAACAACAUACUCCCUUGCAGAAAAAACAUGUACCGAGAAAGGAGGACUGCUGCUUGUACUUAGGGAUCGACGAAAGGAACUAUUUGUGAAUGCAUUACCUGGAAGAAGUGGAGUGGAAUUCUGGAUAGGCCUGUUUACGACUUCAUCGAAUUACAACCCCCGCUUCAAAUGGCAACUGCGUAAUGAACGUACUGUUGAUUUAACUUACAGCAACUUUGAAGGAAGUCGGAAAAGAAGCAACCAGUGCGGCUACCUCGGCGACAACGACAACACAUGGUUGACCACAAGCUACUGUGACAUCGAGAAGACAUUUAUCUGUGAAAAAUCUUCUGAAUGCGAGGAUGGAUGGUAUGGUCACAGCUGUGAUGAACCUUGCCAUUGCCAAGAAGAAAAGUGCACGAGAUACAUAGAAAAAUGUUCAUACGGAUGUGAGAUCGGGUGGCAUGGUGACAAAUGCGACCUGCCACUUGUGCCGGCAGAGGUGGCGUUCUACUGUUUCAACUCGAAAGUGUGGGGCCAGAGUAUGCUCCUCCGUGUCAACCCUAGGGGCAUAAGUUACGACGCAAUAGACGCCACAGAUCAACACGGCGUCAGCAUGGACGGGUGCAACAAGGCGUCCUUCACAUUUGACUACGCCACGGGAGUGUACAGUAGAGUUGUCAACAUCACUGAUGACGACAGUAACAGAUGCGGAGGCGUUGUGACGGAGGAGGGGGUUUGGCAAUGGGCUUUCCGUUUCCAAGAACUUACCGGGGUGUUGUCCCUUGCAGACCUCAACGUCGUCGUCAAAUGCGACUUCAGCAAGGCUGACACACUGUCAAGCGACGACGAUAUCGACAUUGAGGGAAAGGUUGAUACUGUCGUGAAGAAUCUGGAUGAAACGAAAGAAGAGGUGAAACUGUCAGUGAUCAGCCCCGCGACGCUUGAGGAAGUACAGAAGAUCAAGCUAGGGGGCUAUGUUGCUCUCAAACUAGAGCUACACACUAAAUCAGGGUUCGUGGCGCGAGGAGUUUCGGGAUACAACUGCGAGGCCUACACUUCAGACGGAACCUACUCAAGACUGCUAAUAGAUGAAAAUGGGUGCACAGCUCUCAAUUCCUCCGUGUCUCCAAUGAAGGGAGGGGACUCGUUAAUCACGAAGCCAUUUCCAAUUUUCACUUUCCCGGGGUACGCAUCGAUCAGCUUCCGGUGUCAAUAUGAGUACUGUUUCAAAUCACAGCUGAUGUGUUCAAAUCGCUGCGCGUAUUCGAGACAUUUAAGAUUCGAAUAUAGAAAAAGACGUUCUGAAGAUGAUGAUGGCCCGAGGGUAAGAAAACCAGUGUUCACGACCGUGACGGUUCUACAGAGGGAAGCACAAGGUCGGUCUGUGAGCAGUUUGGAAGUCCAGCCUUCUGACGACACAAACAGAGGUUUUCCCUUGCUCUACCUGAACCCCAUCACAUGUUCCUUGUUCCUGUUCUUGCUGACGGUGUUCCUGAUGCUCCACGUGUUCUUCGUCAGAUCUCUUAAGAAGACAGUUGAUAAUAUGAAAGUGGAGCUCACGAGCCACAAUCGUAGUCAGCGACUUCCACUCUUGUAAACUGAAAGGAAGCCGACGUUCCACAACAACUGAUGGCGUAGAGAAGGGUAAAUUUAAAGGGACACCGCGCCUGAUCCAUUUGGCAGUCCCAGCAAGUUUGAUACUGACUGUUUGUUGUUUAACUCAGCAAUAUUCCAGCUAUAUGACGGUGGUCUGAAUAAUCGAGUCUGGUGUCCAGGGAUUCAUAUCAUGAGUAUCGAUCCACGAAAUUGGGAUUUGAUAUCAUGCAUCAACCAAGUCAGCGAGUCUGACCACCCGGUUCUGUUAGUCGGCUUUUACGGCAAGCAUGGGUUGCUGAAGACCUAUUCUACCCCAGAUCAUCACGGGUCAGCAAGUUUGAUACAAUGUUUUGAAGGACCUAAGGGACCUAAAGUAAAAUGUCACCUAAAGCCGCCAUUUCUAAACACGGCACCGGGGCUAUAACAAUCAAUUAGGAUGUGUGUGUAGAAAAGUGACUAUUAUGUAAGCCUCGUAUUGAGAUUAAGCAGCGUUUGGAAUGGUUGCUUGCUGAUACCUUCAAGAAUCUACUUUGUCUGCAAACUCAGAUACUAUUAUGUUGCACAAUAUAUCAGUCAUUGGCUACCCUAUUUACUCAUACACUAUCUUAAUUUCUCACAACGCAUGCGCCGUAGUUACAAGGUCCAGACCUAGAAUGGACCUUUCUGUCGAUGGAUCCAAGUCAUGGACGUUUUCAUGGACGUUUUAUCUAAUGCCUCUUGAUAUUGACAUUUCGAGUUGGAGUUAAUGCAAUGUUGUAAUCAAAACGAAAAUUAAACAGCUUAACUUACGCCUGGUCUGUAACAGACUUGUAAAUCAGUUGCCAAAUAGCCAAAUACUGUAACUUCAUAUGGACACCAAUACUACAAAUUUCAGUUGUUUGUAUGGCCGUAUAUGCAUAAAACGUGGUUAUAUUUAAAAUAAAAAGAUCACCUAAA